CUUGCUUUUUUACCUUGAGUGGCAAUCUUUUUAAUCAUCCAGCAAAUUUGCGUCCUCUGUAUACCCUAAUUCUUGUCUGAUGGGCGCCGUAUGCUGCAAGGAAGAUGACAUUGCUUUCAAUGAAGAAGUCGAGUUGAACCACUUUUACCUAUUGCGAUCAGUAGGCAAAGGAGCCUUUGGCAAAGUUCGAGUGGUGCAGCACAAAUCAACUAAGCAGUUGUAUGCCUUGAAAUAUAUCAACAAAGCCAAAUGUAUCAAAAUGCGAGCAGUAGACAAUAUCAUAUCCGAGCGCCGUCUUCUUGAACAAAUCGACUACAGUUUGAUUGUCAAUUUGCGUUACGCAUUUCAAGAUGAUGAGAACCUGUUCAUGAUUCUCGAUCUUAUGUUAGGUGGCGAUCUGCGGUUCCAUCUCGAACGAGUGGGAACACUCCCUGAAGACCAGGUGCGGUUCUAUGCUGCCGAAUUGGCAUUAGGCCUGAACUACCUCCACAGACGACGUAUUGUUCAUCGGGACUUGAAACCUGACAACAUUCUCCUGGACGAAAAUGGCCAUGCACAUCUGACGGACUUUAAUAUUGCAGUUCACUAUAGCGAUAAAAAACCACUUACAGCUGUAGCUGGGUCUAUGGCAUACAUGGCACCAGAAGUGCUACAAAAAAAGGGAUACUUUUCCUCAGUGGAUUGGUGGUCGCUGGGAGUAGUAUUGUUUGAACUUCUCUUUGGAAAGCGCCCCUUUCGUGGUAAAACCAACGAGUCUCUCACCAAAUCGAUUACUAGCGAACCAGCAAAAUAUCCUGAAAACGUUUUUGAGCUCGUAUCACCCCAAUGCCUGGAUUUCUUGCAAGGUCUCUUGACUCGUGACCCAUCGCAACGUAUUGGCGUCGAUGGUGGCUUUGAGAAGAUUCGAAGUCAUGGGUGGUUUAAGGGUAUCGACUGGCACGCCAUGGAGCGGAAGGAGCUCAAGCCGCCUUUUACUCCCGAUAGCAAGAGGGCCAACUUUGAUCCAUCGCACGAGCUAGAGGAAAUCCUAUUGGAAGACAACCCACUGAAGGUCAGGAAAAGGUCCAAACCAGUUGCAUCCAACGCUGGAGGCUCUAUCAAAAGUCAGAUCAGUCAAAACCAUGAUCAAUCUCCAGAAAUGCAAAUCAUGGACGAUAAAUUCUUGACUUACGAUUAUACCAAGCCGCACGAAAAUGCUAUGCGCCAACAAGAAUUUGAACAACGACGAUGGGCACAUAAAUCUGGCACUGACAGUCGUGUCACGCAAAUAACAGAUGAAGCGAGAUAUUCACAAUGACCAUGACCCAUUCAUCGAUCACCCAGCUUCGCCCGGGAAAGCACCUAAUUAUGGCUCAGAAAGGUCAUCGAACGAACAACCCGUUUACAACCGAUCCGACAGUUCAUAUUAUCGGAGACGACUUUCAGACGACAGCGGACCGUAUCCUCCUUCGCCCAUUCCCAGUGAAACAGGCUUGCUUAAAGGACAUGGCUAUCCUAUUGAGCAAUCACAACAAGGAUAUGGAGUGAAAACUGCAUUCCCAAUGCCACCACCUCAACAACCUCCUCCACCAAUUCCUUCUAGUCAACCCGUCUUUCGACCUCAUAGAAUAUCGGGUCGUCCCAGUCGUGAAAAACUGCCCAUGAUGUUGCCCUCGCAACAAG